UUACUGAGACUGAACUCUGCGUAUGAAUCAGUUACAAGAGAGAUACAGAGAGAGAGAGAGAGGAAGGAAUCUCAAGGCUAUGGGAUUGAGAGGCGUUUUGUGGCCGUAAGUUUGUCAGCGAUCUGUCUGAUAUUCAUUCACAAGAUAACUCUCUCCACUUUCCAUUUCCAUUUUCCUCCCACUUUUCUCGCUCUUCCCUUCAGUUCCUCUCUGCUCCAAUCCUCUGUCUCUCCCGCCAUUUCCAACGCCAUUGAAGACCCUUCACUGCCACCUUCACUAUCACAUUCUCUUUCCCUCCAAAGAGACGACCAAAUCGAAGAUAUCAUUCAAUCCCCAGUUCUUUUCAUCGCACUCGAGAUAUUAGGAAUACCCAUUUGUGUAAGAACUUGAGGGAUUUCUGGGUUUGUGGGCUUCCUCUGUUUCAGCCAUGUCUGUAGUAUUCAACUCGCUUUUGAUUUCCAUCUUCUUUCUGGUUUUUUCUUCCCCUUCUGCCAUUUCUGAGUCCACUGAGCUUUCUACUUUAAUGGCGAUUAAAACUUCAUUAGACCCACAUAACACUUUAUUAACGUCAUGGAAUCCGUCUUCAAACCCAUGUGGUGGGUACUUUGAGGGAGUUGCUUGUAACGAACAAGGCAAAGUGGUGAAUAUUUCUCUGCAGGGGAUGGGGCUUUCCGGCUACAUUCCCGCGGCCAUCGCCGAUCUUAAGAGUUUGACGGGGCUGUACUUGCAUUUCAAUGCUCUGGUCGGUGAAAUUCCUAAGGAAAUUGCGAGUUUGAAUGAACUGACUGAUUUGUAUCUUAAUGUGAAUCAGCUCUCUGGGGUGAUUCCUUUUGAGAUUGGGAAUAUGGAAAAUCUUCAAGUGCUGCAGCUUUGUUACAACAAAUUAACUGGUGGGAUACCAUCACAAGUGGGAAAUAUGAAGGUGCUCAAUGUUCUUGCUCUGCAGUAUAAUCAGCUAACAGGAGCAAUUCCUGCAAGUUUGGGGAAUUUGACUGCGCUAACGCGGUUGGACUUGAGUAACAACAAGUUUUUCGGUCCCAUUCCCGUGAUAUUAGCUGAUGCUCCUGCUCUUGAAGUUCUUAAUGUCCAAAACAACUCGCUAACCGGUAACGUUCCUCCAGGUUUGAAGAGAUUGAAGGAAAAAUUUCUGUACCUCAACAACCCAAAUCUUUGUGGAGUGGGAUUUCAGGACCUAGAUCCUUGUAGUAAGUUGAAAAGUUUGAAUCCGAGCCGACCCGAACCAUUUCUACCUCAACUACCUGGCAAUCCUUCUGGUAGAGAUAUCCCUGAGUCGGCUAAUUUACGCCCCAAUUGCAAUGGAAGUAACUGUUCAAGACAGUCGAAAUCUUCACGAGUCGGAGUCGCUCUCGGAGUGAUUGGAGUUUUUGCUGCUUUCUCAGCCAUUGGUCUUGCAACAUUUUCCUGGUAUCGCCGCAAUGAACAUACAUUUGGAAGUACUUCAAAUGGUAUAAGUAGACGGAUUAUUACUAGCCAAGUCAGGGAAGUCUACAGAAGGAAUGCUUCUCCUCUCAUCAAUCUAGAGUAUUCAAAUGGAUGGGAUCCAUUAGCCAAAGAUCACGGUGGGAGUGCAUCAUCACGAGAGAUAUUCAAGAGCUUCAUGUUUAAUCUAGAAGAUGUCGAGCGGGUAACACAAUGCUUCUCAAAGUCGAACUUAUUAGGGAGGAACAAUUUUUCGACUCUUUACAAAGGAAAGUUGAGAGAUGGAUCAGUUGUUGCUAUCAAGUGCAUUGGCAAGACUAGCUGCAAAUCUGAUGAAGCUGAAUUCUUGAAGGGCUUGAAGAUACUAAUCUCAAUGAACCAUGAAAAUCUUGUUAAGUUCAGAGGUUUAUGCUGUUCAAAAGACCGUGGAGAAUGCUAUCUGAUCUAUGAUUUCGUUGCAAAUGGAACUUUGAUGCAAUAUCUUGAUGAUAACAAUGGCAGUGGGAAGUUUCUCGAUUGGUCCAACCGAGUAUCGAUCAUAUGCGGAAUCGCCAGAGGUUUGGGAUAUUUGCACAGAAAGAUUGGAAAGAAACCUGCAUUGAUUCACCAGAACAUAUCAGCUGAUAAAGUGCUCAUUGAUGAAAACUACAACCCCUUGCUCUCAGAUUCUGGCCUACACAAACUUCUAGCCGAUGACAUUAUCUUCUCGAUGCUAAAAGUCAGUGCUGCGCUGGGAUACCUCCCUCCUGAGUACACGACAACAGGUCGAUUCACCGAGAAGAGCGAUAUCUACGCAUUUGGAAUGAUUGUACUUCAAAUCAUCUCCGGGAAAUCAAGCAUCAUGAAGUUGAACUACAACACUAUCGAGUCACGUCGGUUUGAGGAGUUCAUUGACUCUAAGCUUGAAGGAAGAUUCUUAGAAUCAGAGGCAGCUAAACUAGGGAAACUUGCAGUGAUCUGCACUCACGAAUAUCCCGAGCUUCGUCCGACAAUCGAUGUUGUCGUUCAAGAACUCGAGGAAAUGGUGAAGUUUGGGAUUUCUGUAGAGUCCAUGCCUUAAUUUUCAGAUGAAGCCAUAUAGAAGCUAAGCAGAGCACUGACUACUAAUAUAUUAUGAUGUAAAUGAAGGUUUUUAUAAAUAUUUUUCAUGCUACUGUGCUAUUUAAUGUAGAAAGGUAUAAAAAUGGUAUGUAUGUCCAUGUAAAAAACCAGGCCUUUGUUGAAGAAUAAUAAUGUAAAUUAGAGAAUCAUCAUUUUGUUGUAA